AUGGCUUCGCUGAAUUUGUCUGUGGAUCCCUGUGAGGACUUCUAUGCCUAUGCCUGUGGAAAUUGGCCGCAACAUCACGAACAAGAAAAUUAUGGCAUUGCCAAUAUGAUGCAGGGUAAAUAUGCCGAGGAUAUGGAGGAUAUUAUUGAAAAGCACUAUCCCAGAAGCACUUUGCAGAAUUUGGCUAGGGGAGGGGCAUUGGAAAAGGCCUUGAAUUUUUACUACUCCUGCGAUGGUGUUAAUAACACUUUGGAUUUCAGGAAAUUUCUGGAGAUCCUUAAACCCUCUACAAAUUUGUCCUGGCCCCUAAUAGAGGAGCUGCAUGCUCCUGGAAAUUCCCGAAAAUUCCGUUUAAGACAGUUGGAAUUUUUUGGUUUAUUGGGGAAGUUGCAUGGUCUCGGCCUCAACAAUGAAUUGGUAAAAGUAAUUCCGCUGUAUUUGGACAAUGGCCAAUUGGUUGUGCUCUUUAGCGUUCCAGAUGUGCAAUACAUGGAAAUGGACCACAUCAGGAAGGUGUUGGAAAAACUUGGCUUUGCCAAAGAAGCUGGAGAAAAAUUUGCCGAGGAAAUUUUUGAAACCCAAAACCAUUGGCAAAUGAUUUAUCAGAAUUUUACAAAAUCCCAGGAUGAGGAGGAUGAAGAGGGGAAAAAAGAGGAGGAAGAUGAUGAGGGUUUUACCCUGCUCGAAUUUCGUUUGUUAUAUCCCAAAUUUUAUAAAUUCCUCACCAAGGCCCUGCCCCUAAAGCUACGCCAGGAGAAACCCCUGUUGGCCUUUGCCAACGAGAAUUAUUACAAAUAUCUGUUAUCCCUGAAAUGGCCCAGCCAGGAUGUGAGGAAAUUUUGUAAUUAUCUCCUCACCAAAUUCAUGAUGGUACUGAAGAGGGAACACAGCUUUGGCUGCAGGAUAAAUGUCCUGAACCACAUGCCCUUUGUCUUUCAUAGCCUAUACCACAAGUAUCGCUACCAACCUCAGGCGAUGGAUUUGAACAGCCAUAUCUCAGGCAUGACCAAGAAAAUCUAUAAAUAUUUCGUGGAAAUUCUCAAUGAAAAUCCUUUGAAUUUCAAUCGCAGACAACUGCAAAGGAUUCAGGAAAAAUUGGCCAAUGUCUCCAUAAAUGUGGGAAAUCUCCCCCGGAACUUACACUCCAAUAUUCUGGAGGAUUUCUAUCAAGAUAUUCCAGAGAUGGAUGUGAACGAUUACUACCGCAACCACUUGGCUGUCAAGCAGCACUCGGUUAUGGAUCAGCUGAAGUGUCCUGCCUUUCUCAGCUGUCGUGAGGAUCCCGAUCACAUACCCUACUAUGACCGGUCGCAGAAUAUGAUCACCAUACCCUUUGGGACCCUCAAACCACCUCUCUAUGACAUACACUUACAUCCCUUGCUUUUAUAUUCCGCAUUCGGCACCAUUUUGGGCCAUGAGCUGACCCACGCCAUUGAUCCCACAUCGUUGGAGGAAUGGGAGGACACUUUUCCCCACUUCCAGCAAAAAUCGGAAGUUUCCCAAUCCCUAACAUGUAUGCAGACACAACAUCCCACAACCUCCAUUGAUGAACGUAUUGCCGAUUUUUUGGGCACCCGAGUGGCGUGGCGGGCCUACAGUUCAGAGUACAGUGGGACAAUUGUGAAAUUUUCUGAUGUGUCCUGGAAGAAAUUAUUUUUCCUAAAUCUUUCGCAAUUCUUUUGUGUUAAGCGGCAGGAUUUUGAUGAUGAACAUGACACACCACCCAUGCGCUUAAAUCAAAUUGUCUCAAAUCUGAAGGAGUUUUCGGAGACGUUUCAAUGUCCGUUGGGCAGUAAAAUGAAUCCUAGAGAGAAAUGUAGAUUUUAUUAA